AUGGCAACAGAAGCCACCCAAGCAGCUACAGUUGCUCCCAGAUCCGGAGCUGGGGGGCUCGAGCCAUGGCAGGCCCUCAGCCCGCCCCAGCCUGGCCACACAAGUCUAGCCCAGACGGCCCCUCCGCCUGGCCGCCUGCCUCCCGACUGGCGGCACACGAAGCCUCGGAAGAGGAGCAUCCUUCUCCGGGGAGUGGGCGCUGCCCAGGUCGCCAUCGCCGCGCUGCACCUGUUCCUCGGGGGCUACCUGGCCUUUGCGGCCAAGAGCCUUCACCUGGUGAUGAUGAAGUCCUGGUACCCGUUCUGGGGCGGUGCCUCUUUCCUCAUUUCAGGGGUCUUGGCGAUAACAAUGGACGUGGUUUCGAAGCCCUCUGUGAAAGUGCUGUGCCUGAUCGGAAACGCCAUCAGCUGCUUCUGCGUGCUGGCCGGCCUCUUUGUCAUGGCCAAGGAUCUGUUUCUCGAGGGUCCGUUCGAGUCUCCGGGCACAGUCCACAUCCAGGAGCUGGAGCUGGCCCUGCUCUGCCUCACCUGCUUGGAGCCCUUCCUGCCUGGGUCCCUGGCCAUCAUAGCCUGCAGGGACAGCUGCCUGUCUGCAGAGAAGGAGGACUUGUCCCUUAUUCCUGACACGUCAUUGGAGUUCAGGGGGCCUCCACCAUCCUACGAGGACGUGACUCGAGGUGGCACAUGGGCGGAGCCAAGGCAGCGGUGA